AUGACUGCAUCGACUGUCGUUUCGGCACUGCUCUUCCACUGGAUCGCCCGAUUCGGAGUUCCCUCUCACGUGACUACGGAUCAAGGAAGGCAGUUCGAAUCUUCCUUGUUCAAAGAACUGACACGAGUGCUCGGAGUGAAACAUAUCCGGACGACCGCCUAUCAUCCCCAGGCCAACGGGCUGAUCGAGAGAUGGCAUCGCACUCUGAAAGCAGCCAUCUGCUGCAAGGAUACGACCCGAUGGAAACUCGUAUACGGGACAACACUCACCAUCCCCGCCGAAUUCGUCGCUGAGAAGCCACCACCACCCGACCAAAGCGACUUCGCUGAGACACUACGGGAAGCGAUGAGCAACAUUCGACCAACGAAAACCGCUUGGCAUACCAAUCGGACCGCAUUUGUACACGCCGAUCUUAACAAAUGCACUCACGUGUUUGUGCGCAACGACACCGUCCGGCCAGCGCUGACUACACCGUACCAGGGACCAUACCGGAUACUACAGCGAAGUUCAAAGUCCUUCCAGAUUCUGGUAAAUGGACAAACCUCGUGGGUAUCCAUCGAUCGCCUGAAGCCAGCUUACAUCGUCGAAGAUCCACCCGAGUCGGCUCGGAAACGAACACCAUCAGCGGAUAUAACACCAUCGACCGAGCAGCCGUCUCUAACGCAGGAACCGACGUCCAGUCCAGCAUCACGGCAGACAGCUGUUCCAACCGCCAUCCGCAACCCACCUCCGCCGAUCUUACGACAACGGACUGACGACAACAUAUCGACCGGCGUUACGAGAUCACAGCGUAGAGUCAUAAUUCCUCUUCGCUAUCGAUAA